ACUUUAUGCAACUGCAUACAUAGGCAGGAAAUUUGUUGGUACAAAUUUACAAAAUACGGAAACUAUAAAAAUCAACUUUAAUUUUCACAUCAUUUGUCUUGAAAGUAAGAAAAUCAAAUUGUCAUUUGAGCUCCAAUUGGAAUUAUGAAUUUCGCCGGACGUUUACAAUUCCGGCGUCUCAUGUGUUUGAUGGUGCGACAAAAUUUUGCCAGCGAAUGCGAAAAUGCGAUUAACAAACAAAUACAUUUGGAAUUAAAGUCAAGCUACGAUUACAUGGCUAUGGCUUACCAUUUCGACCGCAGCGAUGUCGCCCUACCUGGACUUUAUGGAUUUUUCAAAUCUGCUAGUUUGGAAGAGCGUGAACACGCAGCUCAAUUGAUGACAUAUAUGAACAAACGUGGCGGCACCAUAUGCUUGGAGGAGAUACCAGCGCCGCAGUUUAAGUUCACAACCGUCAAAGCGGCGCUAAUUGAAGCUUUGGACAUGGAAAAGACGGUUAACGAGUCCUUGUUGGCGUUACAUGCAUUGGCAAAUGAGCACAGCGACCCACAUUUAAGUGACUUUUUAGAAACAAAUUUCCUUAUUGAACAAGUGGAUGCGCAAAAACAGUUGGCCGAUUAUAUAACUCAAAUUGAAAGGUGUGAAAAAGAAUUGGGUGUGCAUAUAUUUGAUAAUGAUAUUAAGGGCAAGGAUAUGCAUUAAAGUAUUUAAAAUACAAAAUCAAAGUGCAAACAAAUUAAUAUUUUUCGUAAAAGAGCAACUAAUAUAUUUGAAUGUUAAGGUGAAAAAGGAAUAUACAAGCAUAGUAUUGCUUGAACACGCUACCUAUGUUCACCUAUAUUAAACUUUUGUGAUAUGUACUGUGAAAAUAUAUCUUUUAACAAAUAUUACGCAAAUUUUAUGUUUAAAUUUGUGCUUGAAUUGUUAUUACAUCUAUUUGUAUCUAUGUCAAUUAUGCACUCUUGUUUUGAAGAGAAAAGUAUGCUCCUAAGAAAAGCUGGUGGUAAAAGUUAUAGUAAGGUGUGCUAUUGCUAAAACUAUUAAAAAUAUAUGUUAAAAGCAGAAAUUAGUCAAUAAUAAAACGGAAAUUAAAACGAAUAGUAAA